GGAAGAAGAAGUUUGACAAGGAGACAGAGAAAUACUACACCGUUCUAGAGAAGCAUCUGGCCUUGUCUUCCAGGAAGAAAGAGCCGUUCUUACAAGAGGCAGACACACAGAUUGACAAAGAGAGACAGGUCUUCUAUGACGCCUCCCUGGAGUAUGUCUUCAAGAUCCAGGAGGUCCAGGAAAAGAAGAAGUUUGAGUUCGUGGAACCGCUGCUGGCCUUCCUGCAGGGUCUGUUCACUUUCUACCACGAAGGAUACGAGCUCGCUCACGAGUUUGAGCCCUACAAACAACAGCUCCAGUUCAACCUGCAGAACACAAGGAACAAUUUUGUGAGUACGAAGCAGGAAGUAGAGAAACUGAUGAAGAGAAUCAGAUCAGCUGAUCAGGACUACAAACCUCCAGGGCAGUGGACCAUGGAGGGUUUCCUCUACGUCCAGGAGAAACGGCCGCUGGGAUGCACGUGGACGCGACACUACUGUACGUAUGAGAAGAGCAGCAAAGCCUUCACCAUGACCAACUUUGAAACCAAAUCAGCUGGCAAACAGAAUGGUCUGGUGGUGAGUCCAUCUGAGAUGUUCAAGCUGAAGUCCUGUAUCCGAAGGAAGACUGACUCCAUCGACAAGCGUUUCUGCUUCGACAUCGAAGUGGUGGAGAGAACUGACAUCUGUCAAGGAACUAUUUUCCGACCUCUUCAGUUAAAGUUCUGUAAAGUCCGGCAUGGCAUCGUGACUCUCCAGGCUCUGUCUGAGUCCAACAGAAGGCUGUGGCUGGAGGCUAUGGAUGGCAAGGAGCCGAUUUACAACCUUCCAGCCAUUCUGAGCAAGAAAGAAGAGACGUACCUAAACGAGGCAGGGUUUAAUUUUGUGAGGAAAUGUAUUGACUUGGUGGAGGUACGAGGGAUCAACACGUUGGGCCUCUACAGAAUAGGAGGGGUCAACUCUAAGGUCCAGAAGUUGAUGACCACUGUGUUUGCAACCAAG